GUGUUCUAGCUGAGCGUUUAAGAGCAUGGACUCUGGAACCAGACUUUGAAUCCUUGCUCUGCCACUGCAGCUGUGUGACCUUGAGCAAGCUAUCUAAAUAUUCUGUGCCUUUGUUUUGUCAUCUGUACAAUGGAGAUGAUGAUGGUAUCACCUUCAUGGGGUUGUCAUAAGGAUUAUGGGACUUAACAUAAUAAAGUGUUUAGAAUGGUGUCUGCAACAUAAGGAAGUGUAUGGGUGUGUGAGUUGUGGGGUUGUUAGAAAGGAGCACAUCCUGUGGCAGGUUUGGGUAAGUGCUCCGUGCCUGCCUUACGUAGUAGUUGGAGAACGCUAAGUACUGCUGUCUUCUGCCUUACGUAUUUUUCCUUAAGUAAUGUUUGAGAAAUACAAAAGAAGACACACACACGUGGUUGUGCGUUUAUGCAUAUAAAUGUAUGUGACACGGGUAGAAUUGCAGUGUAAUUUGGAUUCAGACAAAUUCAUGUGCCAUAACGAAGUGCGUGGUUUGUUGGCAGCAUGGGCUUUGGACUCAGAGGGACCUAGUUUGAAACUUGAUAACUGCCACUAACUCUGUGACUUUAGGAAGGUGUUCCAGCCUUUCUGGGCUUCAAUUCUGCACUUAAAAAAAAAGGGGAAUAGUAGGGUUGUGGGGAUUAAAUGAGCCAGUAUAAAUAAGGCACCUGGUGUAUGAUGAAUACUGAGAAAAUGUGAAUUCUUUUCUCCAUAAACAACAAAAGAAAAAUUUUAAAGCCAUCUCGAACAUGGGAAAGAUACAAAGUGUUCUGUUCUUGCUGGUGAUGAGAGUAUCUGAAGUUAGUUGAUAAGUCCUUAGAGGUCUGAGUAGAGAAAAGCAGGCCAUAAAAGAGGGUGUUGUUAUCCUUAGUCCACACGCCAAAGGGCUGUUUUAGCAACUUCAUUUCACAAAAGCCACAUUUUCAAGGGCAGGGAAAUCAUUUCAUUUAGGAAUCUUAGAUGGUGUCCCCAGCCUUUGAAGAUGCCUUUGUUCCUUUGACACUUGGUAGGAACUGGGAGCACAGGGCUGGAUGGUCCAAGAGGAGGGAGUAACUUCAGAGACAUGAAAGAGCCCCAGCUAGGAGGGAGCGAGGGAGAACCUUGGGAUUGGGGGCAAGGGUUACUUUUUCAUAGAAACUUUUGCUUGGGGAUAUGGAAUAGUAGGUUUUGAUCUACAAACCCAUGAGCCCUGUCCUGUGAGUGGGAAGAAGAUUGGUAGAGCUCAGGAAAUGAACACAGUUCCCAGCCAUUGGCCUGGGAGAUGCUGACGCUCAGACCUAUUGUCGGGGCUGGGAAAGCCCCUAGACCCCUUGGGGCAUCCCCUGUAUGUGGGUCCCUUUCACUUCAUGUCCACUGGGUGGAAUUUACCAGGUAUUGCUGGGAACGGGGAACAAGAUCAUGAUUAUAAGUGGAUCCUGGACAGGGGAUGGAGUGCGUGUGAAUGUUAGUGUGUAGAGGAUGGAGAGGGAAGGAGAGAAGGGGUGGCCGGGAGGAGGGAAAUAGCAGUAGAUUACAUUGACUAAUUAUAGGGAAAAAGCCAUAUUUGCUGCUCCAUUAAGUGAUCACUAGGCUAUGAAGCAGUUUAUUGUAAUUAAUGCAGAAACAGCAAGUAAGUGUUUGAGUUUGGAGUGGAGGGUCUCCAGGACCCCCUCCCUCCUUCAGUUCUCUGUGCUCACUGUCUCCCUCCCCUCCCUCAAGUUCAUCAUCCUUGGAGAGAAAGAGUCUUGGGGGAGCAUCUUUUUGGGAAGGGCUGUAUAGCACAGUCUUGGACCAGUUUUCUACUGGUUUAUUUUGACAAAGCAGGAAGAUCUUUUACCUGACCUCCUUCAGAAGAUUCUGUAGGGGUUUUUAUGUUUUCUAAGGCUGAAGGAGGAGGGACAAACUCAUGUCAUCAUUGCUAUUCUUGCCACAAUCAUUUUAAUUUCAGCACAUGAAAGUGGCAGGUUACACAUCCAAGUCCAUCGAGUUAUGGGCCGUGUGGAGUUGUGAUUGCUUUCCUUGAUGAUUUCUUGUUCAAAUCAGCAGUGCUCUUAAUUUUCCAGAUGAAGUAAAAAGAAAAUUGGAGACUCCCCUCCCGCCUGGCGUCUCUUCAUCCAAGGUUUUCUGAGCAUGACUCUGAUUUGGAGGGUUAAUAUUAAUUAGGAGCCAGUUUAGACCUCAGUUGCUUGAUGAGGUAGCUUCAACUGUUGUCACGAAUGUGGCUCCUUUUUGCUUGUACCUGCUUUUGGUGAAAGUUUCUGGGUUUAAAAGCCAAAGGAAGAAAUAUGCAGAGAAAGAUAGAGGAGGGGACAAUUACUAAAGAAGUGCAAAGCAUUCUCCUAGAACUUGAGGGAGGAACAAGACCAGAGAGCCUGGGUGGGUGUGGGUUCUGAGCUACUACGUUUCCCAGCGUGCUGCCGCUGCUGUUUGCCUCAGUUUCCUUUUUUGUAAGUAAAGGUCAUCUCUCUAGCUUCCUAAAAGGGCCAUGACUCAUUUCCUUGGUUUCCAAAUUGGGUGACGCUAGAAUUUCUCUGAGGCAAGUCCCUGGUGAGUGCCAGGUAACGGAGGCGCCUCAUUUUUGUGCCGAGGCUCAAGGUUUCCUGGCUCCCAAGUUUUCCCAGAGCUGACUCGGUCUCCUGGGGGACGGUGGCAGAAAGGAUGAGACCAGAGACAGUGAGUGAGCCCCACUGCAUAGUCAGGGGAAAGGAGACCUGGAGAGGAAGGGACCUGCUCUCCUUGGGUUGUAUCAUGUUAGGGACCUUUCUUCUACGGACUGGGGGUUUGGGUUGGUUUUCUUUUCUUUUUUUUUUUUUUGAGACAAAAUUCCGCUGUCUCGCCCAGGGUGGAGUGCAGUAGCACGAUCUGGGCUCACUGCAGCCUCCGCCUCCCGGGUUCAAGUGAUUCUCUUGCCUCAGUCUCCCAAGUAGCUGGGUUUACAGGUACCCGCCACCACACCCAGCUAAUUUUUUUGUAUUUUUAAUAGAGGCGGAGUUACACCACGUUGGCCAGGCUGGUCUCGAACUCCUGACCUCAAGUGAUCUGCCUGCCUCAGCCUCCCAAAGUGCUGGGAUUAUAGGCGUGAGCCACCGCACCCGGGCUAGUUUUCUUUUUGACAGGGUGGUUUGGGUCAUGAGGGAGUAUGGCAGACCAUGCAUGGGUGUGAAAGUUCCAGUCCUAGCGGGAGAGACUUGACUUCUGUCUCUUGGUCUCUUAGCCCAAUGCUGAUGUGCUGAACAUGACCUCAGGCACUUUGCCUUGCAGCUCCAUGUUUCGAUUUCCCCAUCUGUAGAUGGGAAGAAUGAAGGCAUGUGGUGGGAAGCAGUGCUGAUUAGGGCUUAAGAGAAGAGGCUUAGGAGGCAGACAGUCUUAGGGUUUCUUUCUGGCAUAAUAGUUUCCUAGCUGCUUGACCUUGGGGAGUUCACUUAACUUUGUUAGUCCUCAAUUUCCUGAUAUGUAAAAUGGUAUAAUACCAUAUGAGCAUCUACCUGACAGGAUUGUUGUAAUGUUUACAGGAGACAGUGUUCAUAAAGUACACCGCCUGGGAGGUGGCUAGCACAUUAUUCCUGGGGGCUACUGUUACUAUUAACAGCUCCAUAGUGAUUUGACCAAAGGUUUCUGAGAGUUGAGCCAAGACGCGGACUAGAUGGGACCACAUUGAGAAAACAUUUGAGGCUGGGUGCAGUGGCUCACGCCUACACUCUAGGAGGUAGAGGUGGGAGGACUGAUUGAGGCCAGGAGUUGGAGACCAGCCUGGGCAACACAGUGAGAACCCUCUCUACAAAAAAUACAAAAAUUAGCCAGGUGAGGUGGUAUAUGCCUGUAGUCCCAGCUACUCAGGAGGUUGAAGUGGGAGGAUCUCUCGAGCCGAGGAGGUUGAGGCUGCAGUGAGCUAUGAUCACACCACUGUACUCCAGCCUGGGCAACAGAGCAAGACCCUGUCUCUUAAAAAGAGAGAAAAAGAAAGAAAACAUUUGAGCUCCAUAGAUUGACAUUCUGAUUUGAACAGUUUCCCAUAGAGGGAGAAUUGCGGCGAAAGAGGCAAGGCCUGCCCACAAUGCAUGGUCUGGGACUUAGCUGAUGAAGUGCUCUGCACCACCCAGCUUCGAGGAGAUGGGGACUGGGGUUUCCCCUUGCUUGACAUCUUAACUACUUCACUGCAGGAAAGGGGAGGAGGGACAAGAGGAGGACCAAUCCCCAAGGGACACGGAGACCCACAUUAGGUUUUGGAACCCACGCCUGGUACUAUCUGAAUUUAAAAGCCUUGCUUGACUCAGGCGGAGCUGAUCAAAGGCCAUUUGCUGUUUUAGAGUGUUCCUAUGUGUGCUUGGCAGACAGAGUUGUCUUUUUAUUGCUUCCAUUCCCACUAAGACCUCCAUCCCCCCACUGCCCCCCCACCCCUUGGUGAGCUUGGUGAGAUGUGUUUUUUUUUUUUUUUUUUUUUUUUAAUUUUAAGUUCCAGGAUACAUGUGCAGGAUGUGCAGGUUUGUUACAAGGUAAAUAUGUGCCAUGGUGGUUUGCUGCACCUAUCAACCCAUCACCUAGGUAUUAAGCCCUGCAUGCAUUAGCUAUUUAUCAUGAUGCUGUCCCUCCUGAUGAGAUGGUUUUAAGUUGGCACCAGCACCUGUUUCUCAUGCCUUGCGUAUGCAGCAGGAACUGUGAACUAGAGACAGGUUCAUGCCCUUUGGCCACUGCAGACGUGGAGCUGUGGACGCCAGUACUUGUGUGGAGAGCCGGUGUCUGUUGGCUGUAUCUCAGCUUUCUUUUCAGGGCAGACCUGAUACAGGUGUUCUAAGUGGGAAAAGCCUUAGCACUUGUUGUGAACUAUUAUAUUGUUACUCUCUGGAAGGGAAGGUGGAAAGGGGAAUCUAUGCCAGUGAGCACAACACAGGCCGCAUAUGGACAAACAUGAGGUUGCUCGGCAUGCUCUUAGGCCCAGAGGAGACAGAAUCAGAUACUAGCCUAUCCUCUGGCUGCUCCCAGGCUAGCAGGGAGGUAGGUGUCUAAACCAGGAUGUGAGCUAGAGGGGACUAUAGCCGUGCACAGGAGGGGCACAGAGGACGGAGCAAGCAGGGCAGGCUUCACGGAGGAGGCCUUGUGAGCUGAAUCUUGAGAGAGAGGAGAUCCUUCAAGUUGAGGGAACUGUGGGAGCAGUUAGACAGCUUGGAUUUUGGGGGGUGUAGCACAUUGCUCCUUAUGAGCUGGGGUGUAAUGUGCAGAGGAGGGCAGAGGGAAGAUUGAUUUGCUCAUUAUGCAACAAAUGUCUGGAGCUCCAGUCCUGAACCAGGCCCAAAGCUGGGGAAUAGCAACUCAGUCCCUGCCCUUGUGGAGUUUGUGGCUGGCAGGGGCAUGUUCAUUAAACAACUUAUUGCAUGAUUCACUACUUUUCUUUUUCUUUCUCUUUUCUUUUUUUUGUGAGACAAGAUCUUGCUCUGUCUCCCAGGCUGGAGUGCAGUGGCACAAUCAAAGCUCACUGCAGCCUUGAAUUCCUGGGCUCAAGCGGUUCUCCUGCGUCAGCCUCCCAAGUAGCUAGGACCGCAGGCACACAUCACUGUGCCUGGCUAGUUUUUAAAAUUUUUUGUAGAGGUGGGUAUCUCACUUUGUUGCCCAGGCUGGUUGAACUCCCGUGAGCUCAAGUGAUCCUCUUGCCUUGGCCUCCCAAAGUAUUGGGACUACAGGUGUGAGCCACAGUGCCUGGCCUGAUUCAUGAUUGAAGUACCAUUACCAUAAAUGCUAUACAUCCAUGCAUUGGAUGUUAAAGGGAUCAUAACAAAAAAAAAACAGUGUCCUUUGGGUUUGGGGAAGGCUUCCUGGAGAAAUAACAUUGAGGCUGAGCUUGAUGUAGGGAGGGAAGUAGCAGGGUGCAUUUCAUGUGCUGAGGGAAGAGAGGGUGGCUGGAAUGCAGAGAGUGAGGAGGACAGGGGGACAGGCGAGGUCACACUUGCGUUGGCGGGGAUAAAAAUUCUUAUCUUAGGAGGGUUGGGGAAGCCAUCCAUUUAAAAGUUUAAGAGAUGGGAUGGGAAAUGAUCAGGUUUGCGUUUUGAAAAUAUCUCUCUGACAGUCUACACGAAAAGUGGCUUGUGGGUACCCCAGGGGGCUAUGGGGGAAUCAGUAAGUAAGUUGUUGUGGUGAUCCACUUGAGGAAGGAUGGCUGCUUAGCUGAGUUCUUGGAGGUAGUGAUGGAGACCAGUGGAUGGAUUUGAGAUGCAUCUGAAUCGGAGCAGCAGCUUGGUGGUUUGGUUAGCUGAGGAGUAGCAAGCGUUAAAGGUGAGAGGCAAAUUUGACUUCUCAUGGAUGUGGGCAGAGCCCCCAACCCCCACCUCCGUGAGAUUGAGAGUGUUGGCCCAUGCAGGGGACAGGCAGGGCAGGUGUGCCUGGCUCAGGGGGUUGAGUGUAACCCCUUGGCUGGCAAUCGGCGUACUCUUAAUGACGGACCCCUAUUGGUAAACUUGUUUUUGAGCUUGCACUGUAUACAUGUUUAUUUAUAAAUGACAUACAUAUACUUCUGUACUAAAAUAGCAUGCUCCUAAUAAGGCAAAUCAUUAAAAAUAAAAUAGGAUGAGAAAAAAAGCUAAGCACACAUAAACAUUUUAAUCUUUUUCUUCUAAACCCUACUUCGGAGACCACUGCUUUUGGCCAUGGGGAGCACUUAAUGAGUUUUAGGGUGGGGGUGGCCAGGUCAGAUGGGUGUUGGGGAAAGAGCACUCUGCAAUCCAGGGGCUCUCCCGUGAGUUCUGCCCAGGCCAGGGGCCCAAGGAGGAGGUGCUCUUGCAGUCUUGUCGUGUGUGGCCUGGUGAGUCAGGGACAUGAAAUUGUGGCAUAAUUGCUAUCCCCCGAGAAGUGAUGUUGGCAAUAUCAUACCAGGUGUGUGAGGGCUUAUUGGUGUUUGAUGUUUGCUAGUCUGUGUGUGCUCAACCUAUGGGAAUAUGGCAAGGCCCGCUCCCCUGUGGUCCAGCAGGUUCCUGUCUAGAGGGCUGAAGGCCAUAGUUAGCCAGGGAGAGCCUGAUCUUCUAAAGAGAGCAUCACGUGAGGGAUAUAGUGUCAGUUUUCAGCACCUCUACUACCUGCAACGCCAUCACCAGCCAAUUCUGAGCUCAUGUGGGCCACUCUUCCCCUUCUUUCUGGUGGAUUGAUAAUCAUACUUCCCUACUGAACUCCAAAGACUGAAAAUGAUGCAAAGUGAAUUGUUUCUAUCUUUGCAAUCCAAACGUUCCUCUUCGUUUACUCUCCAAAUCCCUUCCAGCAAAUUGGUAUUGCCACUCUCCCUCCAUCCCUGGGUUCUCGGGGCUAAUUCUGUUCCAGCUCGCUCUGUUUAGCUCUUUCUUCGAGCAGAACCCAAGCUAGGAUCUUGCCUUCCAGAGAAUGCUUUAAAAAGCCUUGUUUCCCAAUAUACUGCGUUUCAGUUUUCCACGAGUGCAGCCAUGCUCGGGAGAGGCGUACGAGCUGCUUUUACAUGUGAGAGGUGAACAAAUCAAAGGUGAGCCCGUUCUGCCUCAGUGAGGCCUUUUGUGUAAAAAGGGCCUUCUGGAGUAAAGCAAUCAGGUUGACUGACAACUGCUGAGGCUACCAGUGACAGUCCUGCUCCGUGGGAUAACUUGGAGAAAAAUCAGGGCCAAAAGCAGACAAAAGGAUGUCCAGAAACUGGAGGUGGGGAAGCCUGAGUGAGAUCAAACAACCUGAAAAUGUGUCUUCCAUCCAUUUAGGGCUUUAUGUGCAGCGAGGUUGGAGUGGCUGGCUGAGGAUGUCAACAUUUUAAAUUUGUCACUGCUUUGACUUCCCUAGCUUUAUCUCCCUUCAGAUCAAAGCGGGGAGACUAGGAGUUGUCACUACUGGAUUUGGUUUCAGACUAUGUUGGUGUACCCUUGCUUUAUGACCUUGGGGUUUCCUGUCUUUGCUUGGGGUGACGGGUUCAUUUCAAACAAGUGAGAUGUGUGUUGUGGUCUUUUAUUCAGAGUGGGGAGCUCUUAGAAGCACCCACAGAGGCUUUGAAAGGACUGGGAAGCGGCUUGGAGGGCCAGUUGCGUAUUUUCCAAGGAUUCCUGAAUAUCAGGAAUCCAGAAGUUUCUAUUUGUUAGCCUUGCUGCUCCUCCAAGGAGCCAUCCUGAAGGCAGUUUAGUCCUGCACCGGGAGACAAGGCACAGGCCUGAAGAAUUCCUGCCCCCUGCUGAAUAAUAAAUCUGAUACUAAAAUUAGUGCUGGCCUCCUGAGCCAUAUUUCUUGCUGAGAUGAUAAAGAAGUGUGUGUGUGGCAGGCUCGUCUUUCAGGAUUGGAGGAUGUUGCUUUAUGUCAGAUAAGUGCCCAGGUCUCGAGAUCAUUUUUUUAUGGCAGCCUCUCCCCCAUUUCCCUGCUUCCUCUCCCUGUUCUGUUUUUUGUUAGGGGUAGGAGUAGGUAGGGGUGGAUAGGGGAGAAAUAUUUUAGCUUGUCUUCUGGUUUUGUGUAAGUCUCUGUCACCGUAGGUAGAUGUUCCUUGAGAAUCUUUCUGAAGGUUUUAUAAUUGAGUCUUUUACCUCCGUGACAAGAUAUUAUUCACUUUCUCUAAAGCGUUUACUUUAUGCUUGGGCUGGGGUUGGGGGUUGGGGGGCAGACUUUUUUUUUUUUUUUUUUUUUUCAGGGAACUCUGUCUCUAGAAGAGACUUGCCGUCAGGGCAGUUGAAUGGCCAGCUUACGACUUUAAUAAUUGAGGCGGCAUCUGGGCCCCUUGCUGAACGGCAGUCCUUCUGGCAGGGCGAUUUUGCUUUUAAAAUAACCAUGUUCACCUUUAACUGCAAACGGCUGUGACGAGAGUUGUAUUUAAUUUUAAAUUGCCCAUGUCCAGUAACCCUCUGUACCUCUUUAAAUAAUAAAAUGUUUUUAAUCUUCCUGCAGCUGUGUUCUCUGUGUGGGGGCUUGCCAUUUUUGGAAGAGAAGGGGGCUUCUGUGCCUCCUCUCCACUCCCUUUCUUUUCCCUUUCAAACUCACCGGGACUUCUAGAAAAUGCCAUUUCGCUAAGGGCGGAAUCUGGCCUGUAAAGUCUCUGGAGUGAGUGCUAGGAAGUUUAUAAGCAGAGGCCGCACAGGGUCAGUCAGUAAUGUCAGCCCCUGGGGCUGAAGUGCUUCCUUUGUGGGCAGAACCCCAGAAGUCCCUUUGUAUCGCUGACCCAUUAAAGACUUUUUCUCCCUAUUCCCCGCCUCCAACUUCAGGGGGGCUUGAUUUGUCUGUUAUAAUCGGAAACAGAUUUUGGGCUCCUGAUCCAUUAUAGAUGUGUUUGAGAUGGAUGCCAAACCUGAAGCACUUAAAGAGCAUGUGAAAAUGUGUUUAGAUAGAAAGGAAAGAAAGGAAGAGAGAGGAUGAGGAAAGAAACAGCCUCUUCCAAAUCCCCCAACUAGAAACAAUCCUGAAAUGAUAACACACAACAAAAAACAAACAAACAAAAAAACUCGAUUUAGGCCCUAAGAAAGCAUGGGAGGAGAAAAUUAGGCUCCAGAGUCAGCCAAGUUGGUGCUUAGUCUGGGAUGAACAGCCCAGUGAAGGAGGUUAAAGGAGGCGGAAGACCACACGCGCACGCGCACUCCCGGAAGCGUGGUUCAGGUGGGGCCGCCCGGGUCCAGGGGAAUGUGUGUCCCAGGCUUGGAGCAGAGGGUGGCAGGUGGGUGGGGACGCAUGGGAAGCACUCACGUUGUGCCCGGCAGGUCCAUGUUUCUAUCCCGGAGACCCUUGGGUUAGGAAAUAUUGAUUGCUCUGUAUUUGUAAACAAUCUUUAAGGGGAUCUAGUGCCAACACAAAUAGUCAACUUCAGGCGAAUCAAGCGGCCUCCUCUCAACAGGGAAGCCCAUUGCUCUGAUUUUCUGGAUCGACACAGCCCCAGAUUUAUUUUCCUUUUUAAUUCUCAAAAGGGGCCCGCUGAGUUGAGCAUUGCCCAAGUAUUGGUUUCUUUUCAUCCCUGUUGAAUUUUUUCCCUUCUUUAAUGAAAAAGUUGGAUUGGCUGUGCUGGGCCCUCCACCCGGUCAUGGUAGUCCUGGUGACGCCUGGCUGCAGGGUUUCGAAGGUGGCCCUCAUUUCAGCUGUCCUUGAGGCUCACUCCUGUGUUCCCCCUGCCCCUGCCAUCCACCCCGCACCCGCCACCCCGAAACGUUUGUAGUACAGCUGGGGGCCUAGAACUCGAACUGAUGUGUCUCUCACUCCAAACAAAAAAUAAAUCUGUGUGCUUUAUGUAUGUGUUUUAGAGGUGUGCCUGUGUGUUUUUUCUCUUGACAAGCUCAUUCCCUACAGCUGUGCAGUCACAGCCCACUUUGAAAUCUGCAGCAUAUAUAUAUUUUUAAGUGAAUAAGUAUGAAGAGAUGGGAAGAUGUGGUUUGACUGGAAUCCCACGUAAAACACUCUGACCCCAAUUUUUAAAAAAGUAUUUCAUUAAAAUGUUGUAGGAGACUGUUACUGAGAAGAAGAAAGUUUCUAAGUUGAUGGGAUUCUUGUGUCUCCUAGUGUAGAGUUGAUUUUUUUUUUUUUUUUUUGGGUCACCAUGGAGAUGAGAAGCAUGGGGCUUCAUGGCGUCAUCUGCCCCCAUUGGGGGAGGGCUUGUUGGCACAGGUCACCUCUGGAUCAACCUCAGCCUCAUCUGCUGGGGAUGGGAGAAGCUCAAGUUGGCCAGGGGUUUACCCUAUGCCCUCCUCAACCAGAAUUAAAAUGACCUUUUUUUUUUUUUGCCUUCGAAGACAACGUUGGUAACAAUUUAUUGAAACUAUGGAGCUUAGCAGUGAUCAGUUUUUGGAUUUUCUCUUUCUUCAACCCCUCCCCUUUCUGGAAGACUUGUAGGAGGAAAGGGGAGGUUUUUCUGUGCAUAGAUUGGCGUCGGUUUCUUAGAAGUUUCUUCUUUUCACCUUAAAAAAAAUUGUUUGCAUCCUUCCCCUUAGAUAAGGAUCCAUCAACAUCCUUGUUAGAGCCCAGUGCGGAGGGGACCCUGAGGCACAUACUGUUUUCAAGGUUAGAUAGCAACAAACUUUCAGAGUAGCCGGAGUUUCAGGGGAGGGAGGGUUCUUUGGGUUCAAGGUUACCCAUUUUUCCCCUGCUAGGAAGAAAGCCUUUUUGUUUUCUUUUGCCGACUUCUUCCAAUAGCUUAGAGCAAAUAGAUUAGCAACCCAGCAGAAACCAAACCAAGGAACAAAUAAAGGGGAAGUUUGCAGAGGGCCCUUGGCUGGGGUCUGGCUGCUGCUGAGGAGGCCAACUUGCGGUUUUCCAUUUUCACGGUGAACCGCAUUGUCUCAGCGUUCGCUGGUAUUCACAAAAUCAGAAAGAAAGGAAGGUGGUGGUGGGAGGGCGCACUUUUCAGGAGAGGCUGGGGUGUGGGGAAAGUAUGCCCAGCUGCAUGUUAUUAGCAGCCUUCAAAUAAAGUUUGUGGAAGGUUCCGGCCCCCACAGUCACGCCUGGGAAGCUUCUGUGUUCUUAGUAGGUGUUUUGAAUUCUGUGGGAUGGAACUGAACGUUUAAAAACAGUUACAGGAACGUCUCCCCAAGUAGGUAUUCCUGAGAAUUUCUGUGUACAUGGAACUCUAUUUUCUUAGCAAGCAUCGUUAUAUUUUUAGAAAUGUUUUCUUUUCUCCUUGCCCGUCAGUUAGCCAAGCCUCCUACCACUCACUUUCUGUUGUGUAGUUCUGAUUUUCCGAACAGGUGUUUAGAUGAUGAGGGGUUAUAUUAAGAAAGUACUAAAGAAUACGUCUUAUCACGUGAAUCAGUAUCUUUUUAUUCAACAUGGAUGGAGUGGGAGUGGAGACCAAUCUGUUUUAUAUUCCUGCAAUCUGAUGAGGAUGGUCACAAGAACAAAGAAAAUAUUUGUAGGCGGGUUAUCUGCGAACACAGUAGUGGAAGAUGUAAAGCAAUAUUUCGAGCAGUUUGGCAAGGUGGAAGAUGCAAUGCUGAUGUUUGAUAAAACUACCAACAGGCACAGAGGGUUUGGCUUUGUCACUUUUGAGAAUGAAGAUGUUGUGGAGAAAGUCUGUGAGAUUCAUUUCCAUGAAAUCAAUAAUAAAAUGGUAGAAUGUAAGAAAGCUCAGCCGAAAGAAGUCAUGUUCCCACCUGGGACAAGAGGCCGGGCCCGGGGACUGCCUUACACCAUGGACGCGUUCAUGCUUGGCAUGGGGAUGCUGGGAUAUCCCAACUUCGUGGCGACCUAUGGCCGUGGCUACCCCGGAUUUGCUCCAAGCUAUGGCUAUCAGUUCCCAGCCCUAUUACCAUAUUUAAAUGCAAGCUUCCCAGCAGCGGCUUAUGGACCAGUGGCAGCAGCGGCGGUGGCGGCAGCAAGAGGAUCAGUCCUGAAUAGCUACAGUGCUCAACCGAAUUUUGGCGCGCCCGCUUCCCCGGCAGGCUCCAACCCGGCGCGGCCCGGAGGCUUCCCGGGGGCCAACAGCCCAGGACCUGUCGCCGAUCUCUACGGCCCUGCCAGCCAGGACUCCGGAGUGGGGAAUUACAUAAGUGCGGCCAGCCCACAGCCGGGCUCGGGCUUCGGCCACGGCAUAGCUGGACCUUUGAUUGCAACGGCCUUUACAAAUGGAUACCAUUGAGCAGGUGCUUUCGUUGCCAUCUCACUCUGAGAGCAUACCUGGAUGUCCAGGCAAGACUGGGCGAAGUUUCUGAGUGGCCCUUUGUUUAGGUGAUGUCCUCAGACCUGGACCCCCACCAGCCUCACUCCCCAUCCCAACCAGAGAUGGCUCACUUCGGAUCGAGGGUUGACUACAUCUCAUCAUCUCACGAAUCUGCUGUAAUAUAAGACAACAGCUUUUAAAUGUGUAUAUAACCCAUGAUUUCGGUUUUGUUUUGUUUUGUUUUUCUUGAUGGUUUCCCUCUCCCUCCCUCUCUUCCCAUUCUCCUUUUAAAUCUCUUUGAAUCACAUUUGGUAGUGAUUUUGACUUAGUCCAGUAGUCACAUAGCUUUAAUAUCUAGUUCAAAGCUAACCAUAGUAUAAUUGUUAUAUUAAGGAGUUAUUUUUUCUUAAAACAUUUUUUUUUGCUUGUUUUGGUUCUGUUCUCACUUUUAAAGGAUGCUGAGAUGGUAAUAUGACUCUCCCUAUUUUGGUACCAAUUCUGAGACUGUAUGAAUUUUCAGGUGGAACUUUAGCACACACUGAAGCAAAGUUGUGAAGUGCAGGGCGGGAGGUGGGCAUGAGCUUUCUAUUUUGCGUUGUAGAAGAAGUGAGAUGUAGUAAGCUAAUUAACAGACUUUCUAGCAGUUCUUUUUGUGAUGUCUCUUUGUUAAUCUGAGUCUAUCUAUUUUCGGCAAUAAGGUAAGGACGACAGUGUUUUGAGUGUCCUCCUUUUCUAUAAGUGCUUUUUUUCUGUUGAAAGAGGUGAUAUUAUAAGGUUUUUUGAAAUUGUGAAUUCUAAAAAAGAAAUGUUGUAAAUACAAUUCCAUUAACUACAUAGAAACUAUUAAGAAAGAGAGAAUCAAAAAUAUUUUUGUGAGGGAGUCGGUCCCAGGCAGUUUGAUGCUCUGUGGAAGGAGGCGGGAAGGGAACGUUGGCCAAGUCAGUUACUGAGAUGAAGAUCGCCCAGCUGCCAGGACCACCCCAGAACAAGUUAGAGCACUGUUUAGCUCCUUUGUCUGUGUGAUAGACCUAAGAACUGUAUUAGUGUUGUACCAGCCUAUUAACCUCUUGUCUGUGCACAGCUUCAAAUGUUACCGUCUAGUUAGAUUUUUAUUUAAAAUAUGAAAAACUGCUUUUCCCAAGAUGUUUUUUAAAAACAAAGCUACAAUUUUAAUAUUUAACAUAUUUAAAGUUUCAAAGCACACCUGUUUGGCUUGGGUGGGGGUGGGGUGGGGGGGACAUUCUUUUUCAGUCUUAAUUUUUAAAUAUUUGAUCAUUUUCUAUUGUCCAAUCAUUUCAGCACCUCCAAAGGUCCCUAGGACACUUUGCCUCUCUUCUCCCCCUGCCCCCCACCCUGCUCCCACAUCUGGGGGCCCAUGGGCCAGGAGUGGAUAAGCCUGCAUUAAUACAACCUUUCUCCAUUCACUUUCUAUUUACAAAUUAGGAAAGCAACCUUUUGGUUUAUAUAUUUUUUUUAAUACCUCAGUGCUGCAAGUAUCACCAGAGAGGCUAUGGAAGAAUUUUUUUUUAAUUUAUUGUAGAUGUAAACAGAAUUUUAAAAAUAAAAAGUAUAAACAUCACUGCACUGUGACUGGUGGGAAAAACUGACAGUUUCCUCUUUGCACAUGUUUAACAUUUGGCUGUUAUAAUAUAUGGUCCUCGGUUGGGGAAAGAUACUUAUGAUGAAGGAUAUUUUUUAAUUUAACUUUUUUUUAAAUAUUGGUAAUAGGUCGGCAACAGCAACUAUAGAAGUACAACUCAAUAGAUGGCAUUAAAACAUAUUGUAGUGUGGAUAUAUAUUUUUUCUUUUUUAAAAUGUGAUAUUGACGUUUUAUUAAUAUUUUUUAAAUUGUUACGUUUAUAAAUUUGGUACUUAAGGCACAGCCAGUAUGAGACACUGAAUGCGACAUUUAUUAUAAAGAGCUGCUGCACUCCUAUUUUUAUAAAUUUUACUAACAAAGUAGACUAAUGUAGACAUUCACAGACAUGGUAGGGCAAAAGCAUCUUCAAACUAAAGACUCCAAAAUGCUAACUCAGAAAGAAAGAAAAAACCCUUUUUGAAUUCUAAUGAAACAGCAACAACAUUUUUUUUAAUUAAAAAAAAAUCAUGUUCUUUGUUUUUCUAAUAAAAUGUUAGGUUGUUUGGUGAGGUUUUUUUGUUGUUUUUUUCCUUUCUUUGUUUCUUUUCUUUUCCCCCAAACAACCAGAUUAAAUGCUGAGCGCUUUUAAAAUAUCAAAACUUGUUCAAGUCAUAAAACAACAAAACAUAAGUUUUAUUAAAAAAAAAAAAGAAAGAAAAAAUAGUAAGUUCCCAGAAAUUCAGUGUUUAGACGAGGGAAUUUAAUUCCUAUUUUGUCCAUGUUGGUGAUGUACUGUACUUCCCUUCCUUUUCUCUGCAUCCCCCAUCACCUCAUAGAAGACUCUUUGUUGAUCAUUGUAUGUUAAUAAUGUAUAAAAUGGCUAUCU